GAAGAAGAAGAGAGAGAGAGAGAGAGAGAAAACAAAUCGAAGCGUGUAAUGGAUAGAAGCAAAUCAAGGAUUGUGCCACCAUCUGCUCUACCGACCAUACGAAGAGGAAGACCGUGUCCCAACCCAAGUGCUCCUCCAUGGGAGGUGAUCCAACUCCUAUCCCAAUGGCUAGACCCCAAGUCCCUGGCGGUUGCCUCUUGUGUCUCCAAAUCUUGGUACGCCAUCUUCUCUUCCGAACACCUGUGGAAGCCCAUCUGCCACUCCCUCUUCCCCUCCUCCCUCCACUUGACCACCGCCAAUCCCUCCGUCUCUCAUCGCCAUCUCUUUCUGCUUCUACACGCUGCGUCGAAGCGGCGUCUCGCGAUCCCCUCCCCGCCCCUCCUGUCACUCCGCCACCUCGUUUUCAUGGUCGACGUUUUCCACGGCGACGCGCCCGUGCUGUCGCUUGCCGUUACAGGAGAAGAGCUCGAGUCGCUCCACGGGAUCUUCCGAUUCGAGGUGAGAAUCGGUGAAGUCUAUAAACGUGGAGAGGUUGAUGCUCAAGAGGAGCUGAGGGUGGUCUGGAUGGUGGUGACGAAGGAAUGCCGAGAGGCCUUCACUUUGAUCGAUUAUGUAGGCAAGGGCACGUCGGUCGGGAGCAACGAGUUGUGGUUCUCGGAGAAAUUGCCGUGUCCAUCGUCGUGUUGCUGCUCUGCGACCAUGGAUUUAGCUGACCUCGAGGCAGAAGUAGUUAUAGAGCUUUGCUGUGACCAUGACGAAGCUAAGAAAAGGGUAGCAAAGGUAGGCUUCGGUUUGAUGAAUAGCAAGGCUUGGAGGUACGUAAAAGUGGCUGAUGGUCUGCUAUAUUUGCAAUCUUUUCUUUGGCCUUGGAGGCAUUAGCAUGCGAUCAACAAUCUACUAGUCUGACUUUUGUAUGCGUAUUGGGGCGUAACUCGACUACGUGCCACUGCCGUAAGAGAGACUUGCGGGUGUUGUACGGACCGCUAACUUCUCCUUUGAUGAAACUUGUUGUUCUAAAACC